GUGUGAGUCGACUCCCAAGUGUUCAUCUAAAAGAUCCAGUUCAAAGAGUCGACUCGUUCGCGAAUGAUUCAUGACUACAAAGAACAGACAAUAUGGCGGACAGGCUAACGCAGCUCCAGGAUGCAGUCAACUCCUUGGCUGAUCAGUUCUGUAAUGCCAUCGGAGUGCUGCAGCAGUGCGCCCCGCCCGCUUCCUUCAGCAACAUCCAGACCGUCAUCAACAAGGAUCAGCCGUCAAACCCCACAGAAGAGUACGCACAGCUUUUCGCUGCACUGAUUGCAAGAACAGCUAAAGACAUCGAUGUCUUGAUCGACUCGUUGCCCAGUGAAGAAUCCACAGCAGCUCUACAGGCCGCGAGUCUGAGGCAGCUGGAGGAGGAGAACCAUGAAGCAGCGGCUCGGCUGGAAGAGGUGGUGUACAGAGGAGAUUUACUGCUGGAGAAGAUACAGAGCGCUCUGGCUGAUAUCGCGCAAUCACAGCUACGCACACGCAGUGGUACAUCCAGCCAACCCGUAGCCCCUGAACCCUGA